AUGAUUGAUGCUUCGGGGCCUUUUUCACCGGCAAGCUGGUACAGAGUCGAUUCCAUCAACCGGACCUGCAGCUUUAGCAGACCUAGCAUCGGCAAGACUUCAGCCGAUUGCCCGCUCAAAGCCCUUGAACGAGACAAGCAUCGAUGUCUCAUCAGCAACGACUCUUGGAUCGUGGAUUCCGUGCAUAUAUACCCCUACAACCUCGGCCGCGAUCGGGAUUCUCGGCGUGAAAGUUAUUUCCGGGACGUGCUAGCGUGCUUUUGGUCUAGAAACAAGAUCGCUAAGUGGCACGAGGAUGUACUAGGACGUCACGGCACUGAGCAUUGUGCCAAUCGUCUUGCACUCGCAGCACAUGUUCACAAAAUGUGGGAUACGGCGGAGAUUGCCCUCAAGCCGCUGGACAUCAAUCCAGAUCAAACCGCUCUCAGAGUGCAACUAUUCCUCUUUGACAGAUACAGCUUUACCAAGAAUGCAUCCUUUGACCGCUCCGAUAUCCCUGACGUCUGCCAGACUCCGGGAAUUGCAAGGUGGGAUGUUGCUAAGCAAAAGUUUGGAGAACUGACCGACGGCGAAAUCUUAACCUUCCGCACAGAUGACCCAAAGGAUUACCCACUUCCAUCAUUCGCUUUGUUAGAGAUGCAGUGGCUCCUACAUCGGGUCCUCGCGCUAAGCGGGGCUGUUGAGUACGCAACAUCGGAUGAGAAUGACGCCGAUUCUGAUUCCGAUAUGGAACUCAAUCUCCCGGUUUCCGAUGCCGAUAUGAGCAGCUUUGAACUUGUGCCCAAUUUUCCCAGAAUUGGUGAAAAUCAACCUUCUUUUGUGAUGCCUUUCCGAGGAAAGGCUGAGAAAAAAGACUGAAGUUUCACCCCGAGUAUCCGCAAUGCCAAUACCGCCUAAACCAUGUUGUGCUUCUUGCCUCUCUUUAGCCUUACCUCUGCCCUGCUCGGUGCUUACCUUCCUUGACACUGAUGGC